GAGUUUCAACGAAUAGAAACUCAAUAAACGAGAAGUCGUUUUUGAUUGGUUAAUGAAAUCACGCACGUUUUGUAUAAAUACAACGAAAUCACUAACGCACCUCAUCAGUUCGUUCCAAGUUAUUGAAGCAGUACGUGUUCUCUAUUGAAGUACAAUGGCUCCUCCUGCGAAAAGUUCCGGUAAAGCUAUCAAGAAAGCCGGCAAGGCUCAGAAAAACAUCAAGAAAGAUGACAAGAAAAGAAAACAUAAGAAAAGGAAAGAAUCUUAUGCCAUCUACAUCUACAAGGUUUUGAAACAAGUUCACCCCGACACCGGUGUUAGUUCGAAAGCCAUGAGUAUCAUGAACAGUUUCGUCAACGACAUUUUCGAAAGAAUUGCCGCCGAAGCUAGUCGUUUGGCUCAUUACAAUAAACGUUCCACCAUCACCAGUCGGGAAGUUCAAACCGCCGUCCGUUUACUGUUGCCCGGUGAAUUAGCUAAGCACGCUGUUUCCGAAGGUACUAAAGCAGUAACGAAAUAUACCAGCUCGAAGUAAAUUCGCCGUCGAUUUAUUAAAACGGCCCUUCUCAGGGCCACCAA